GGGAUUGAACAAAGCACAAGAAAAGGCAAAAAAUGCGAAACGAGGGAGUUCGCUGCCGUAUCAACAAAACUAUAAACUCUGCUGAGCUUGGACUUUUGAAGAAAAGCAAAACAAAAUCAAUAAUAUUGCCAAUUUUCAAACGCUAUCAGCUUCACGAGACUUUAACCGGAUUUUUGGCGACAAAAUUUUUAAUCUCUUUGGAUAUCGAAAAUGGCCAUGCUACUGCGUUCGUUGAGUGGACAACUGUCUAGGAAUUUUCCCUCAAAUGGCGUCGUGAAAUCACAAGGAUUCCGAAGUCUGACUCCUGCAUUGGCUGCCGAAGUGAAGGGUCAAAUUGCCAAGAAAACCCCAACCAAGGUCCUUUGUGAAGAAGGCAAAUCGUAUGCCUGGUGUGCCUGUGGCCUGAGUGGAAAACAGCCAUUCUGUGACGGAUCUCAUAAAAAUUCGACCUUGGGACUUACUCCUGUACGAUGGACUGCAACCUCUUCAAAAGAAAUUUUUUUCUGCAACUGUAAACAAACGAACAAACGUCCAUUUUGCGACGGAUCCCAUAAGAAGUUAGCAUAAAUCCACAUCAAACAAGCCAAAUCGCCUAUCGUAGAAAAUUUAAAGUACCUGAAUUUAUUUACUUAAUCAACCCAGCUGUUACGCAGUCAAAAUUACAAAUUUAGUCAGUCAGCUAUUUAGUUGGUACAAUUUUCAUAUAAUGUAAUGUAACAAAACGAAAUACUUGCAAUAAAGUUUCACUGUUAAUUUCUGAAA